GGGGUUUGAGGGUAUAAAAGAGACUGGGAAGACCUUCAGAGUUUACCUUCGCCGUCUGCUGCCAUCAUGUCUUUCUCUGGGAAGUACCAGCUCGAGACUCAGGAGAACUUUGAGCCUUUCAUGAAGGCCAUUGGUCUCCCCGAUGAUCUCAUCCAGAAGGGCAAGGACAUCAAGAGCGUCUCUGAGAUUGAGGAGACUGGUGACAGCUUCAAGGUGACCGUCACAACCGGCACAAAUGUCCUGGUCAACACUUUCACCAUCGGACAGGAGGCUGAGUUGGAGACCAUCACCGGAGAGAAGAUCAAGGCGGUCGUACACCGGGAAGGCAACAAACUGAAGGUCUCCCUGAAGGGAAUCGAGUCUGUAACAGAACUGGUAGAUGGAAACACAAUUGUUAACACUAUGACUCUCGGUAACAUCGUUUACAAGAGAACAAGCAAACGAAUGUAAACUCGUAAACUGGGGAAAAUAAAAUGUGAAAAAACUAAUA